AUGGCUUGGCGCUUUGCCCCUGAUAUUUCAAUUCAAUUCGGCAAGGAGGCCUUAAACGAGUCUUUUUGUCUUGCUCGUAAACAUUCCUUUCUCUUGUUCGUCAACGCGACCCGAACGACGUCCGCGACCCUCCAACGACGUCCGCGACCCUCCAACGACGUCCACGACCCCUCCAACGACGCCCGCGACCCUCCAACGACGUCCGCGACCCUCCAACGACGUCCGCGACCCUCCAACGACGCCCGCGACCCUCCAACGACGUCCGCGACCCUCCAACGACGUCCGCGACCCUCCACCGACGUCCGCGACCCUCCAACGACGUCCGCGACCCUCCAACGACGUCCGCCUCGAGUUCAUACACCUCCAACGACGUCCACGACCCUCCAACGACGUCCACGACCCUCCAACGACGUUCACGACCCUCCAACGACGUCCACGACCCUCCAACGACGUCCACGACCCUCCAACGACGUACACGACAAUCCAACGACGUCCACGACCCUCCAACGACGUCCCCGACCCUCCAACGACGUCCCCGACCCUGCAACGACGUCAUCGACCCUCCAACGACGUCCGCGACCCUCCAACGACGUCCGCGACACUCCAACGACGUCCGCAACCCUCCAACGACGUCCGCGACCCUCCAACGACGUCCGCGACCCUCCAACGACGUCCGCGACCCUCCAACGACGUCCGCGACCCUCCAACGACGUCCGCGACCCUCCAACGACGUCCGCGACCCUCCAACGACGUCCGCGACCCUCCACCGACGUCCGCGACCCUCCAACGACGUCCGCAACCCUCCAACGACGUCCACGACCCUCCAACGACGUCCAUGACCCCUCCAACGACGUCCACGACCCUCCAACGACGUCCACGACCCCUCUAACAACGUCCACGACCCUCCAACGACGUUCACGACCCUCCAACGACGUUCACGACCCUCCAACGACGUUCACGACCCUCCAACGACGUCCACGACCCUCCAACGACGUCCACGACCCUCCAACGACGUCCACGACCCUCCAACGACGUCCACGACCCUCCAACGACGUCCACGACCCUCCAACGACGUCCACGACCCUCCAACGACGUCCGCGACCCUCCAACGACGUCCGCGACAGUGCCAGCGGGCAAGUAGUCAACGUCAACUAUCCACGCGGCCAACUGCCCCCAUCCGGGCGGCCGUCAAAGGAGACUGAAAGAUUGAGGAAUAACGUGCUCCACACACCAGAGACGGACGACUGGACACUCCAGGUGCUCUUCACCAAGCCCUGGGACACAGGGACAUACAAGUGUCAGGUCAACUCCCAUCCCAAGAUCUUCAGGGACGUCAACCUCUUCGUCAUGG